AUGGCGAGUCUAGACCAUAUAGUUACGUUGAACAUCCCUUUUGAAACCGCCAAGCAGGCGCAGAUUGCACGUGACACUAUCGCUGUAGACCCUGUGUUGAAAAAGGACGAGAUUUCUGUUGAUUACAUCACCGAGGGUGCAACGUUGGUUGCUCGAUUUGCCGGGGUGAGUGACCGGGUGAUUCGCGUCGCUGUCAGCAAUUCCAUCGAUAACAUCAAGACGAUCAUCGAGACGAUCGACGAGUUUGAUGGAGAGAAUGACACAGUUUUUCCCAAGUAA